UAGUCUCUUUCUUCAACCACUCUUUCCUUCUUCAUCUUCAUUCUCUCCACAAAUAGUCAGUCAAUCUCAACAAAAAGAGAUGCUUCAACGUCUGAAUCUCCUUCCCUUAUUGGCCUUCAUAUUCUGCUCAUGCUGGACCCUCCACGUCGUCGUUUCGGAUCCGCAGACCAAUCUUGUGAGCAGAUUCUGCAACCCAUACGACGUAUUGAAGGUGUCCAACACCUCCAUGUUCGAUGAAAACCGAAACGCAACGUUUCAAGACAUCAGAAAGCUGAUUAGUGACCAAAGCAAGCACUUCGCCACUGCUCAACAAGCCAAUGGUGGGAACCCUGUCGCCACUCUUUUUCAAUGUAGAAACUACCUCUCCAUCGCCGACUGUGUCGUGUGCUUCGACGUCGCCGCCAUGAAAAUUCUGAGCAGUUGCACCGGUGGGUCCCCCGGUGGUUUUGUCGUCUACGACGGUUGCUACCUUAGGUAUGAUGCCAGCAGCGCCUUCUUUGGCGAGACAACGCCUUCUAUCAACAGCGUAAAAUGUGGAAAUCAAACUGAUGAUGGAGAAGCCAUUAAUGCAUUUGACUCAACUGUUGAACAAGUUCUAACGAAUCUCAAAACUACAACACCCACAACUACUGGUUUCUUUGCAGCCAUGAAGAUGCAAGUGCCUAAUAAUAAUAUUGGUCAAACGGUUUAUGCUUUUGCUCAAUGUAUUGAAACUAUCUCAGAGAACGUGUGCCUCAGUUGCUUGAAUGCUACGUACAGCAAUUUGCACACUUGUCUUCCAAAUUCCAAUGGUAGGGCAUAUACUAAUGCCUGUUUCAUGAGAUACUCCACCAGUUCCUUCUUUCCUGAUAACCAGACCACUCACAUCGCACCCUUGUCGGAACAAGGUUCAAAUGAGAAGAGGACCAUUAUUAUAGGUGUAGUUGUUGGAGGUUUAGCUUUUGUUUUGAUCCUCCUUACACUAUUAGCUUGGAUUAAGCGGCCAAAAAGGCCUGAGAGAGCAGUUCCUAGGGGAGACAUAUCUGGAGUAAGUAAGUUGAAAGGCCCAGUUAUUUUUAGUUAUAAGGAGUUGAAGUUUGCUACUAAAAGUUUCAGUGCAGAAAAUAAACUUGGAGAAGGAGGAUUUGGUACUGUAUAUAAGGGUACUUUGAAGAAUGGGAAAGUGGUUGCUGUCAAGAAAUUAAUUUUACGCCAGUCUAAUAAGAAGGUGGAAGAAGAAUUUGAAAGUGAAGUGAAGCUAAUAAGCAAUGUUCAUCAUCGGAAUCUUAUUCGCCUUCUUGGAUGUUGCAGUAAAGGCAACGAGAGAAUUCUGAUUUAUGAAUAUAUGAGAAAUAGCAGUCUUGACAGAUUCUUAUUUGGUAGAAAUAGAGGUUCUCUCAAUUGGAGACAACGAUGUGAUAUAAUUUUAGGAACUGCAAGGGGGUUGGCUUAUUUACAUGAAGAAUUUCAUGUUCGAAUCAUACACAGAGACAUAAAGACUAACAACAUUCUCUUAGAUGAUGAUCUCCAACCGAGAAUUGCUGAUUUUGGCUUAACGAGGCUAUUACCUGAUGAAAAAUCUCAUCUUAGUACAAAAUUUGCUGGAACAUUAGGGUACACAGCUCCAGAAUAUGCAAUUCAUGGUCAAUUAUCAGAAAAAGCUGAUAUUUAUAGCUAUGGAGUUGUAGUUCUGGAAAUGAUCAGUGGUGAACAAAGCAAUGAAAUCAUGACCCAUGGUGAUUUUGAAGGCGACUUCCUCCUUCGGAAAGCUUGGAAACUGUACGAGAGAGGCAUGCACAUAGAGUUGGUAGACGAAACCUUGGACCCUAAUGAAUAUGAUGUAGAAGAAGUGGAGAAAAUGGUAGAGAUUGGUUUGCUUUGCACUCAAGCAUCUGCUGAAUUAAGGCCAACAAUGUCUGAAGUAAUUGUUUUGCUCCAAGAUAAAAGCUUAUUAGAGAAUAUGAGACCCACUAUGCCUAUCUUGAUUGAAACUUGAAAUUAGGGUCCCAUUGAGACAUCUCUGUUGGUCAUGGCCCUCACUUUUUUUUAUUUAAUUUAAAAAAUGUUUGGUGGUCAUGUAAUUUGGUUGAGAUUUGAGGCUACACAUAUAUAUACAUAGGCACGGUUUCGAAUUUUUAUAUUGGCAGGUGUUGAAUAUUGUUUGGUGGAGUUAA